CGCGAGCUCAAGGCGCUCCGGGCGCUGCGCCACCCGAACGUCGUCGCGCUGCUCGGCGCCGUCGCCGACGACGACGAGGGCCUGCUCUGGGCCGUGCUCGAGUUCGCGCCCCACGGGUCGCUGCACCGCCUGCUCCACAAGGGCACGCCCGACGAGCUCCUCGCGUGCUUCGGGGCGCGGGACGCGCUCCCGGGCCUCGGCGUCGCGUUCUGGUCCGUCUCCACGGACGUCGCCGCGGCCGUCGCGUUCCUGCACCGGCGCAAGGUCGUCCACGGCGACAUCAAGUCCGCGAACGUGCUUUUGGGAAGCUACGGCGUCGCGAAGAUCUCCGACUUCGGCCUCGCGCGCGUCGUCGGCACGCGGGGGUUCACGCGCGCGUCGGCGGCGCACGGCGGCACGGCGGGCUACAUGGCGCCGGAGCUC